AUGCGUUUGCCACCUCGUCGGAUUUCGACGACCAAUGCGUCAAAUAAUACCAACAGCAACAACAAGCGCAAGGAGAAGGAGGGUGACUUCGACGCGCUCCAGCGGACCAAGACGCUCAAGCUGUCCCCACCACCCCAAGCCAAGCCGUCCGAGCCAGCCCAGCCGCCCGGUCAGCUCCUGGCUGGCUAUCUGGCGCACGAGUUCCUCACCAGGGGCAGCCUCCUCGGGCAGCCGUGGGACCCGUCCCGAGCCGAGCCGGCUCCUUCGGGAGUCAGCAGCAGCAAGAUCGAAGCCGAGCCGAAGUUCGAGAGCUUGGAGAGAUACGUGGAAGUCGCUGAUUUGCUGAAAACGGAGGGGGCCCACUUGGCUGGCGUUGUGAAUCCAACUCAGCUCGCUGGGUUUUUACAGUUGUGA